UAAAUACAAAUGAGUCCUCAGACUUCUUCCGGGAAAAAUUGUGAAAAUUAAUCAGUGAUAAUUUGAACAAAUUACAAAAUGCGGAAGAAUUGUUUGCUAGCUGAUGUUUUCUAGGGAUGAAAAACAAAAAGAAAAAGUGUUUACUUUUAUUUUUGCUACAAAUUUAUCGUCUUCAUGCCAGAUGUCCGAGCGACCCAAACUUAGUGUGUUGUCCAGAUAAGAUUUGGGACAACGAAAGAGGAAAAUGCAUCAGUUGUGUUAUCGGGUAUUCUGGAAUCAACUGCUCCACACCGUGUCGUCCUCCGAGUUAUGGAAAGGACUGUCAGUCACAAUGCUCUUGUAGGAAAACAGAAUUUUGUAGCCCCUCGUACGGCUGUAUGCCAAUAUCAACAGAAGUGGUCACAACAGAGAAAAGUCUGGCAACAACUCAAAAAGAAUUAGAAAAGAGUUCAACAGCAACAACCGUAUUUCCCACCACGAGUACGAAAUCUAGCCCGGAAGUGGUAACAACGUCUGCUCUCAUCUCCGGAGAAACUAGAAGCACGCGUGCGCAUGAAAUCAUAGUAAACCCCCACAGUGGCUUGAAUAAAACUCUGUUAGAUGAACUCAUCUUGUCGAAUAGCCCCCUCUUGUUAGGGAUUUUUAUAUUCUGUGGGUUGUUCUUACUCCUCUUUGCCGUGUUGGUAAUUACACAGAUCCGAUAUAAAUGCUUCAAAAAUAAUGGUAAUCCGGGGCACAACCAGGAUAUUUAUCCAAAAGGGAACCCACAGCUUAAAUCAUACGACGUUAUCCACGGCAAAGAAUCAAAAGAUUUGAAAAUUGGAUCAAGAGCUGAAACACCACCCGAACAAAGGGAUCCACCAUACGCAGACAUUGAAAAUUACAUUGAAAAUGAACAAAAGAUGCCCGACAGUGACGACCCGAAACCGUGUCAGUCAAAUGGCAAUGUCCUUUCACAGAAAGACGGACCAACACUGGAGAAAACCAUACCAAAGUACAUCGAAAUUGUAGGCUCCCCUGAACGCGAGUCAACGAGAAAAGGAUUAACGAACGAUUUGACGGUCGUCAGCAAUACCUACACAACUGACUGCACAAACCCCAAACAAUUGUAUUUGUCAGUGGUUUAAAUUUAUCUUGUAUGUUAUCAGUACUAGUAUUUGCAGAUUUGCCUUUUAUUCAUACACUGAAUCGUCUACAGUUGAUUCCGUUUGCGCGAUCAUGACAAGGAGCACAAGGCGGUUGUGACCGGUCGGCAGGGUAUGAUUACUCCUCCAUGGCAGCAGAUCCCACCUCUGAUUUUUAAGGGGUUCGUGUUUAUACUGUUGAAUCAUUUCAAUUGACUUAAGGGCUACUUUUUUUUUGUUUAUCUCCAAAUUUUCCUUACAUUCAACGUUAACUCGCCUAUGACAGUGACAGUUCUGUACACAUUUAGUUUGAUUAGCGAUAGCUUUAAUUUCCAUUUAAAUUUCUGGCAAAUAAAGCUGAAUUUCAACAAUGUCUUUGAAGUCAUCAUAUUCAAAGUUUUACGAUUGAAAGAAUGUUGUGUCAGCAAAAACAAUUCAACAUGAAGUAACUAACAUUUAUGACACUCUCAUUUUUCAUCGUUUGUUUAAUUUUUCUGACGCAUAUUAUAUUGUACCUAUUUCAUGUUUGUAUCUUCUCUACACUGUAGUGCAGAUUAAGAGAAUAAACUAUUGAAUUGAA